CGCGGGAGGAGUAUAUAGUGAAAGGUGCUGGCAAGUGGCAAGCUGGCAAGUUGGCAACAGUGAAGGGACGUGUUGUGGCACAGGGACAGGAUAAGAACGCAGUGCCAGAGAACCUUAUCCCCCUGAGUGCCUCCUGCCGCCCAGUGCCACGAAGCAGGUACCCUCAGCUCGCUUGUGGUGGCAGAAUGAUCCGUGCCGCAGCAUCUCAGCUCUCGAGUGUGGGCCGUCUCUCCCUCCUCCUGCGGUGUUCUCCUGCUGGGGGACACGUGCUAGGAGUGAGGGCCCAAACCACAGCCCAGCAGAAGGCCCCCGUGGACGGCCUGAACAACCGCCAUCCUCCCAGUGACCUGCGGGAGGCCCAGAGUCGUGUUAUCUUUGACCUCCCUGCCAUGACCGCCCUGCUUGACCAUGACAAUCAUGACAUGCGGAAGAAGUUCAGGGAGUUUAUGAGUGACCCUGUGAUGAAGCCCCGUUACAACAUAUCUCUGGAGGAAGAGAGGGAAGUGGCGCUGGCUAGACUGAAGAGGAUCUGUGACGCUGGCUUCAUCUCGGUCCUGGACUUCAUAAACAACCCGCUGAGGAUAUUUGCCGCACAUGAACUGGCUGCCAUAAUUGAUCCAGCUAUGACUACUAAGAUGACAGUGCAGUUCAAUCUCUUUGGUGGUACAGUGCUUAAGCUUGGCACAGAACGGCACCAUUCCAAGCUGCUGGCCGGCAUUGACACCCUGGAUGACGUGGGCUGCUUUGGCCUCACGGAGCUCGGAUAUGGCAACAAUGCGGUGGAGAUGGAGACUACUGCGGAAUAUGACAAGGAGACUGAUGAGUUUAUCGUGAACACGCCCCACCCGCUGGCACAGAAGUACUGGAUCACAAACGGCGCAGUGCACGCUCGUCACGUGGUGGUGUUUGCACAGCUGAUGAUCGCUGGCACCAACCACGGCAUUCACGGUGUCCUGGUGCCAAUCAGGGACGAGAAACUGCAGAUUCUUCCAAAUGUGAGGGUGGAGGACAUGGGACACAAGAUGGGGCUGAAUGGGGUGGACAAUGCCAAGCUCUCCUUCGACAAUGUGAGAGUGCCCAGAGAGAACCUACUGAACAGAUACAGCGAUGUCACAGCAGAGGGAGAGUUCUUGUCAAAGAUUAAGAGUGCUCGGAGUCGCUUCCUGACCGUGGCCGACCAGCUUCUGUCCGGGCGCAUCUGCAUUGCCAGUAUGUGUAUGGGCGGCUCCAAGGCUUCCCUCACCAUUGCCCUGCGUUAUGCUGCCUCUCGCCUCACUGUUGGUCCCACAGGCAAAUCCAACAUGUCAAUCAUGCAGUACCAGCUCCAGCAGCGUGCCCUCCUGCCGCUCCUGGCCCGCACCUAUGCUAUUAACUUUGGCCUGGAUUAUGUAAAGAAACGUUGGGCAUUCCAGUCCCCUGAUGGCUCUGAACACCCUGAGGUAGUAACCAUGUGCUGUGUUAUCAAACCCCUUGCCUCCUGGAACCUGGAGAAUGUGGUGUCAGUCUGCAGGGAGCGGUGUGGGGGGCAGGGCUACCUCUCUUGUAACAGGUUUGGCAAUUUCAUCGGCCUGGCCCACGCAGCGAUGACGGCCGAGGGUGACAACAGUGUGCUGAUGCAGAAGGUGGCCAAGGAGAGGCUGGCGGUGUUCAAGCCCCUCGCUGUGGACCAGAGCCUGCCUGCCGAUGCUGAGAGCAGAGCCUUCCUGCACGACCUGCUCAAGAGGAGGGAGAAUGCUUUGUUUAAGGCGCUGGGUAAGAGUCUGCAGGCGGGCGGCAAGGCUAAGCUGUUUGAGACGUGGAUGCUGGAGGAGUCUGACCUUGUGCAGGACUCAGCGCGGGCGUAUGGCGAGCGGCUGGUGUCUGAACAGUUUGAGGCAGUGCUGGAGCAGUGCGAGGACAGCCUGAAGCCAAUACUCACCAAGCUUCACCACCUCUACCUCCUGGACAUUGUGGAGAAGAACCCAACGGUCUUCCUCACCAACCAAUUACUGCAGCCUGAUACUUUGGCCAAGGUGGUGGAGGUGUCACGUGAGGUGUGCAAGGAGGUGGGCCCCGAUGCACUGGCUCUGUGUGAUGCCUUUGAUAUCAGCGAGCCUAUGCUUUCUGCCCCCAUCGCCCUGGACUGGGUUACCUACAAUGAGGGCGACAACCAGGGGGAGCUGUAAAGAUUGGCGCUAUUCACUCAUGUUCUCUGGUGUCUGGGUUGUUGAGGUGAGAUGGGGUUGAAAGGUUAGGGAUUUGGUGGGGUUGAAAGUGAGUUUAGUGGGUGUUGUGGGAGGUUCAUGUUUUGGAUGUGUUUUGGGUUUGAUGGUUUAAUUUGUGGUUUUGGAUGGUAUUGAUGGUUUGAUUCUUGAGGUUUUGGAAGGUAGGAAUGGUUCAAUUUUUGAGGUUUUGUAUGCUAGAAACUAGUUAAUUUUUGAAGUUUUGUAUGCUAGAAACUGGUUCAUUUUGGAGGUUUUGUAUGCUAGAAACUAGUUAAUUUUUUUAGGUAUUGUAUGCUUGACACUUAUUCAUUUUUGAGGUUUUGUAUGCUAAAAUUUAGAGUGUGAGGUUUUGUGGGAUAAGAACCAAUUAAACUUAUGAGGUUUUGUAUGCCGUGAACAUUAAUAAAUGAGGUUUUAAUGAGAGCGAUAGUAAAUUUGAGAGAUUUCAUAAAGUAGAUCGAUGUGUGAGGUUUCGUGAGAUAGAAACGCAUGAAUUUGAACUAGAGAUGGUUUAGCUGUGAGGGUUUAUAAGGUAGAGGUGGAUCCAUUUGUCAAGGCGCACAAUAUUCUCUGGCGAGUAUUUGCUUUGUCAGAUGCAGGUUAGGUUAGGUUAGGUUAGGUUAGUUUGUCAGAGGUCUAUAUGAAACCAUUAAUCUACAUCACCAGUAAAGAGGAAAGUUUAACCAUUACUCUCCAUCACUAGCAAGAGAAACACACCAUUAGGACCAUCAACUCAUUGUAAAUAGUACAAAACAUAGAUAUAAAAGUAAAUAUAAAGGAAUUUGAUUAAGAAAACAAGAUAUAAAUCAUCCAUGUUGCCUUUGAAAUCAUGAGUGAGGCAUUUACAAACAAGCCUGCCUUCCCAGCCCUGCCAACGUCUACCAUUGUAUUACCUGUCCAAGGCAUUUACAAACAAGCCUGCCUUCCCAGCCCUGCCAACAUCUCCCAUCUUAUUACCUGUCCAUCAAUGCUCAGCUACUUAGGGGUAAUGUAACUCACUGCCAGAGAACUAUUCAAGGUGUUAUUUUAGCGUAGGUGUGCAGUGGUGCAUGGAUAUUGUACAGGUGAACAGUUAUCAAUGCAAUUAGACCUAAGUGCUCUUCAUAUUUGUGUGGUUUUAUCCAAAUAGAUAUUUUUGGAACA